AUGGCCACUCAGCUGCUUUUGUGGGAAUUGGGCAACAAUCAACCCAACUUAGGGAGGCAUGGCAAUGCCAUCUUCAAUGACUAUUGGCAGGCCAGCCCUCUCAGAGCAUUGGAUCAGAGGGUGGUGUCACCGGGUUGUUGGACGAGAAUGAGGACCAGUUCCAGUGCACCGAGUUGUGCCAUUGAAUUUCACUGUGCUCUCAUUUGCCUAACUUCCACCCUUUCCCUCUCCUGGUGUACAUUGAGCAAGCACCAGAGGGUGCAUCGUAUUCACCGAGGACACAUCUUGGCCAUUCCAGCCGGUGCAACCCACUGGUGCUACAAUGAUGGAAAUGAAGACCUUGUUGUCAUUGCUGUCAACGACCUCAACAACCCUGCCAACCAACUUGACCAGAAACAUAGGGGCAGGCAGACAUUCGCAAACAUCUUCCGUGGCUUCGACAAGGAAUUGUUGACCAAGGCCUUUAACAUUCCUAGAGAAAUUGUGAGGAAGAUGCAGCAAGAGGAUGACAGAGGACUCAUCGUUAAUGUUCAAGAAGGGAUGAGCGAUGCAUUAUUCACACCACACUGGUCAAUGAACGCUCACACUGUUGUCCACAUGACUGGAGGCGAUGACCAAGUGCAGGUCAUCGGACACAAUGGCCAAAGAGUGAUGAAUGAUAGGGUGAAACAAAGCGAUCUGUUUGUGAAUUGUGACACCCCAAUACUUUGCCUCCACAGCCAAGGCCGGAAGGAAUGGCUUCGAGUGGGUGUCAAUCAAGACGACUAG